AUGAUGGGACAAAAUCAAACCAGCAUCUCAGAGUUCCUGCUCCUGGGCCUGCCCAUCCAGCCAGAGCAGCAAAACCUGUUCUAUGGCCUGUUCUUGGUCAUGUAUCUUACCACCCUCCUGGGGAACAUCCUCAUCAUUGUCCUCAUUCGACUGGACUCCCAUCUCCACACGCCUAUGUAUUUGUUUCUCAGCAACUUGUCCUUCUCUGACCUCUGCUUUUCCUCAGUCACAAUGCCCAAAUUGCUGCAGAACAUGCAGAACCAAGACCCAUCCAUCCCCUAUGCAGACUGCCUGACCCAAAUGUACUUCUUCUUGUAUUUUUCGGAUCUAGAGAGCUUCCUCCUUGUGGCCAUGGCCUAUGACCGCUAUGUGGCCAUCUGCUUCCCCCUGCACUACACCGCCAUCAUGAGCCCCAUGCUCUGUCUCUCUGUGGCGCUGUCCUGGGUGCUGACCACCUUCCAUGCCAUGUUACACACUUUGCUCAUGGCCAGGUUCUGUUUUUGUGCAGACAAUGUGAUCUCCCACUUUUUCUGUGAUAUGUCUGCUCUGAUGAAGCUGGCCUGCUCUGACACUCGAGUUAAUGAAUUGGUGAUAUUUAUCAUGGGAGGGCUCAUUCUUGUCAUCCCAUUCCUACUCAUCCUUGGGUCCUAUGCACGAAUUGUCUCCUCCAUCCUCAAGGUCCCUUCUUCUAAGGGUAUCUUCAAGGCCUUCUCUACUUGUGGCUCCCACCUCUCUGUGGUGUCACUGUUCUAUGGGACCGUUAUUGGUCUCUACUUAUGCCCAUCAGCUAAUAGUUCUACUCUAAAGGAGACUGUCAUGGCUAUGAUGUACACUGUGGUGACCCCCAUGCUGAACCCCUUCAUCUACAGCCUGAGGAACAGAGACAUGAAGGGAGCCCUGGAAAGGGUCAUUUGUAAAAGGAAAAAUCCCUUCCUUCUAUGACAGUAAUACUUGGGAGUCUUACAUAAUUUUAUCCAAUAGAUACAUGG